UCAAACUUCUAUCCGACCAGUUCGGCUAUAUCUCUUUCAUGAAUGUGUAUGUAGGCUUCCUAUGGCCGAAAGCUCGAGACUAAGAGUUAGCGAGCUACGAGAUGCGCAUGAUCGACGUAGUUUUAUCGAGUCACGACGGCCAAGAGGCUACAGAAGACUUGCAGAUCAGUUACAUCGAGUGGCGGACUCUCUCCAAUCAACCAAUAAAAAACUAAACCAAGCAGACGAAAUGUUUGAAAGUUACAAAGAUUUGACGCAGAGACAAGAAGAGGAGAUUACAGAUCUUGAACAUGAGUUAGAACAAUCAGAUUAUGAGCUGGAACAGACAAGAGCAAGGGUUAAACGGCAAUCUGUUGUACAGUUUGCUGAAGACAAUUUGUCAUCUUCAGAUGAUACUGAUAUCAGCCAAAGGAGGCAACGUCAUGCUGAAAACAUAGCAACUCUUGUGGAUCGUAGACGUAAAGCUCGUGAAAAGCGUCUUCAAGAUGACUUGGAUGAUACAACAGAGGAACUUGACAAAGGAAGAGAGCAGCUUAAUCGUUCACUUACUGACAGAAGACUUCUUGCCAGAAAAGUAAUCAAAAUGGAAGGUCACCUUAGUAAAGUGGAGCAGCACAGAGAAAGAGUUAUGUCAGAUCUGGAAGAAACAACCAGGGAACUAGAUGUGCAUGUUGGUCGAGAGGCUCAGCUGAGGAAACAGGUUGCUGACCUUAAAUUUCAUCUUAAUCAAGCAAAACAGUAUGAAGCAGAGAGGCAGUCUGAAGUGGUUGAACUGAAGCAGCAACAUGAUGAAACUCAGAGAUUGAAACAACGACUUAUUAAACAGCUGGAACAAACACAGAUUCAGUUAGACAAGGUUGAAAGUGGAAAGCAAAAUGUUGAAGAAAAACUAAAAAGGAGCGAGAAUGAUUGUAGCAAGCUAACUGAGGAAUUGGAGCAAGUUAUUACAAGGGAAGACAUACUGCAUGAGACCAACAAGAGGUUACUAGAAGCAAACAGAAAGACUGAAACCGAUGCAUCAUCUAGACAGGAAAAGAUGAAGAGGAGUUACAACAAAGCUCUUGACAUGAUUAGAAAGUAUCGUGCUCGGCUACAGAGAGUUGAGAAUAAGCUAAGACAGUGCCAGGAGAGUCGAGAAGAGAUGCAGUGCAACCUUGAAUAUGCUAUGGAGGUAAAGCGGAGACUUCAAAAUGACAUCGAUGAAGGAAACAUGAAAUUAAGGCAGUUACAGCAAACCCUUGCAAAUUUGCAGGAUGAGUGUGCAGCAAAGAGUGAUGAAACACAAGAAUCAAAACUUGAAUUUAGUGGUCUUCGUUCUAAGCAUAAGACUACUCUUGAUGAGCUAGCAGAAAUGAGGAAAAGGACAGAAAAGAAAUCAGGAACAAGAGAAGAAACGGAAAUAUGA